CUGUCACUCUAACCGCUAGUGGUACAGGACAAUCAACACCAUUCACAGUGACAUUUGGUGAUGGACAACCUACAGCCGAUGUUACCAGUUACUUACCUGUAUGUAUUGUGACCAGUGGAUCAGGAGCAUUCAUUCGACUAGAGAAGACUGAUGGUAGUCUAGAGUUGGGUGAGACAGGUGCCUUCUCAGGAGUUACUACUGUACAGGUGAACAGCACAGCACAUCCUAUACUGGACACUUCAUACACUGGACUGUACCAUUGCAGAACAGCUACAGGCAACUCUACACAGACAUAUCAACUCAACAUUGUAGCUCAUCAAGUUCGGUCUGGAAUAUCACCUACAUCACUGACAUUGCCCUACUCUGGUGUUUCGUACACCAUACCAUGCAUGUCAAGUGGAAACUUUCCUAUCAGCGUAUCUUGGAGCUCAACAUUAUCUCUGGACAAACAGAUGAUACAGACAACUAUGCCUGCCAAUAUGGUGAAUUCUAUGUACAGCUUCCGGCGGAAUGAUUCCCAGAUUGUGUUUACAGAAAGUGAUACAUCAGGUGUUACCUUCAAUGUAACCUGUACCACAUCGUAUAUUACAAACUUUGAUUGUAUUGGAAUGGGUUCUAAUCCUCCACGUCCACAAAGUGUCAUUGACAGAUGUGUGAAUGCAGCCCAGGGAAUAUCUACCACUGUCUCUGUCACUGUUCAAGCGCAAUGUCCUACUCUCACUAACAGCAAGUUGAAUUACAAACCUGUUGCCAGGUUCAACACAUUACCAGGUACCACAGUCUCCAUCGAAUGCAUAACAGGAUUUCUGUCUAACAAUAGAAUGGAAAUAACCCAGUCUACAUGCCAGGGCAAUGGAAGGUGGCAACCAAGUCAACCUUUGUGCGAAAGGUGCAUCCUGAAAUGCAAUGACGCUAAUGUGGUGGAUUGUAAUCAUGUAGUGGGAAUGGCAGCGGUCAACUGUAUUUGUGGACAAAACCUCCAAUGGACCAUGGGCAAAUGUCAACCAACACAUUGUCCAGAGUUAAACUCUACAACAGUGAUGACUAUACCCAGGAGUACUACUGGCAGUGGCAUUACUGUGUCAUGUACGCUUGGUUUCCAUACUAUCUCAAUGCCGUCUUCAGUGACUUGCCAAGCUAAUGGAACAUGGACUACACUACCAUCUUGCCAUGUUAUUCCUACGGAUCCAGCCACUACCAUGGCGGAAAAUCAAACCCAGACGUCAUACACACUUGGGACUGUGAUCGGCGGUGUUGUCGGCGGAAUGUUUUUCGGGUUAAUGGCAGCAACGGUGGUUGCCACAAUAGUCCAUCGUAAGAUACAAAGCAAACCAGUGAAUACCGAAGUUCUAGGUCAGACACAAAAUGCAGCCUAUGAAGACGCUGAUAUUGCAGAGAGUUCCUUCACCAAAAGUGAUGCUUACGGCGUUGUAGAAUCAGCCCCGCAACCACAGUAUGAAUUUGUCUGCCCAGAGUAACUCACUGAUUUUGCGCAAUUCAACAUUUUCUGUAGUUUGGUGUGCUUCUUUGUGUUCCUUGCCUAUUGUUUUGCCUCAGCACAAUUCAUCUCAGUAUACAUUCUUGCAUUUCUACCCCAUCGCAACGAUUUUCUUAAUAAGUUUGUUUUGCAAUUCCUCAGUUUGGUGUUUAGGUUUUAAUAUUAGGUUUUAAUAGUAUUAUUCCAAACGAUAUAGCCAAUAACCACUUUGCUUUGGCGAUUGCAGUGUUUUUAUAACCACAACGUACUCUCCACCGCCUCCUUUAUUCUCAUUCUAUCUUUGGAUUAUGUUAUUCUGGGAGCGUGCUCCCAACGAAUUCAGGGAUUGACUUUCAACCGUAGCUUUUUCCCUUGCUGCUCAAAAGCGUUCAUUUUAAAUCUAUGCCUUCAACUCACGUUGUCCUCAGCGGAGCACACAACUCAUGCAUAGCUAGGCUCAUCACACUCCCACAACUACCCCCAAACAAAAUUAUCCAUUAAUCGCCUUUUCCACGGUUAUUAUCGGUACUUAAAAUGUAGAUUGUUUUCCAUCAAGUAAAGUGUAACGUUGUUUCUCCUUUUCCAAUUUUCUCUGAUCUACUUCAUGAUGCAUACGCACACGUCACCUCGUCCUUUCCUCUCAUUGUUUAUCCCGCGAUUUUUUUCUCACUUUUCUCGUAUGAAGCUGGUUUAUA